GGAGGGACGGACCGCGCGACCGAGCCCUACAAAACCCGCCCCGGUUGAGUGGCGAGGCGAGCUCUCCAGCCCGGGCUCCCGGAGCCGCGCUACGCAGGAGACGCUGCGACCUGAGAGCCUGCGGGUCCCCGGACUCGCUGGGGCUCUGAGCGAGCGCCCUCCAUGAGCCCCCGGAUGGCGCUCAGGCCGCAGGUGCUCCUGCUGCCGCUCCUGCUGGUGCUCCUGGCGGCGGCGAGUGCGGCCGGCAAGGGCUGUAUCUGUAAAGACAAGGGCCAGUGCUUCUGUGACGGAGCCAAAGGGCAGAAGGGGGAAAAAGGCUUUCCUGGACCCCCUGGUUCUCCUGGCCAGAAAGGAUUCACAGGUCCUGAAGGCUUGCCUGGACCACAGGGACACAAGGGCUCUCUGGGACUUCCAGGACUCACUGGUGCCAAAGGUGUAAGGGGAAUAACUGGAUUGCCAGGAUUUUCUGGUUCUCCUGGACUUCCAGGCACCCCAGGCACUACUGGACCGUAUGGACUUGCUGGUGUACCAGGAUGCAAUGGUUCUAAGGGUGAGCAGGGGUUUCCAGGACUCCCAGGGACACCAGGCUACCCAGGGAUCCCGGGUGCUGCUGGUUUGAAAGGGCAAAAGGGUGCUCCUGCUAAAGGAGAAGAUAUAGAACUUGAUGCAAAAGGCGACCCCGGGUUGCCAGGAGCUCCAGGACCACAGGGUUUGCCAGGCCCUCCAGGUUUUCCUGGCCCUGUUGGCCCACCUGGUCCUCCGGGAUUUUUUGGCUUUCCAGGAGCCAUGGGACCUAGAGGACCUAAGGGUCACAUGGGUGACAGAGUGAUAGGACAAAAAGGAGAGCGGGGUGUGAAAGGAUUAACAGGACCCCCAGGACCACCAGGAACAGUUAUUGUGACCCUCACUGGCCCAGACAACAGAACGAACCUCAAGGGGGAAAAGGGAGACAAGGGAGCAAUGGGCAAGCCUGGACCUCCUGGACCCUCAGGACUGCCUGGAGAAUCAUACGGAUCUGAAAAGGGUGCUCAUGGAGAGCCUGGCCCACAGGGAAAACCUGGAAAAGAUGGUGUUCCUGGCUUCCCUGGAAGUGAGGGAGUCAAGGGCAACAGGGGUUUCCCUGGGUUAACAGGUGAAGAUGGCAUUAAGGGACAGAAAGGGGACACUGGCCCUCCAGGAUUUCGUGGUCCAACAGAAUAUUAUGACACAUACCAAGAAAAGGGAGAUAAAGGCAUUCCAGGCCCACCAGGGCCCAAAGGAGCUCGUGGCCCACAAGGUCCCAGUGGUCCCCCCGGAGUUCCUGGAAGUCCUGGACCAUCAAGGCCUGGCCUCAGAGGAGUCCCUGGAUGGCCAGGCUUGAAAGGAAGUAAAGGGGAACGAGGCCCCCCAGGAAAGGAUGCCAUGGGGACUCCUGGGUCCCCAGGAUGUCCUGGUUCACCAGGCCCUACAGGAUCACCGGGACCUCCAGGACCACCAGGUGACAUCGUUUUUCGCAAGGGUCCACCUGGAGAUCGCGGACUGCCAGGCUACCUAGGGUCUCCAGGAAUCCUUGGAGCUGAAGGACCCAAAGGAGAACCAGGUCUCUUGUGCACACAGUGCCCUUAUAUCCCAGGGCCUCCCGGUCUGCCAGGAUUGCCAGGGUUACAUGGUGUAAAAGGAAUCCCAGGAAGACAAGGUGCAGCCGGCCUGAAAGGAAGUCCAGGAUCCCCAGGAAAUACAGGACUUCCAGGAUUUCCAGGAUUCCCAGGUGCCCAGGGUGACCCAGGACUGAAAGGAGAAAAAGGCGAAACACUUCAGCCUAAGGGGCAAGUGGGUGCCCCAGGGGACCCGGGGCUAAGAGGGCAACCUGGGAGAAAGGGCUUGGAUGGAAUUCCUGGAACACCAGGAGUGAAAGGAUUACCAGGACCUAAAGGCGAACUGGCUCUGAGUGGUGAGAAGGGGGACCAAGGUCCUCCAGGGGAUCCUGGCUCCCCUGGGUUCCCAGGACCUGCAGGACCAGCUGGACCACCUGGCUAUGGACCCCAAGGAAAGCCUGGUCCCAAGGGCAGUCAAGGAGUUCCUGGAGCCCCUGGACCACCCGGAGAAGCCGGUCCUAGGGGAGAAGUCAGUGUUUCAACACCAGUUCCAGGCCCACCAGGACCUCCAGGGGCCCCUGGCCUCGCUGGCCCCCAAGGCCCACCUGGUAUCCCUGGAUCCACGGGGAAAUAUGGAGAUCCUGGUCUUCCAGGGCCUGAUGGUGAACCAGGAAUUCCAGGAAUUGGAUUUCCUGGGCCUCCUGGACCUAAGGGAGAUCAAGGUUUUCCAGGUACAAAAGGAUCACUGGGUUGUCCUGGAAAAAUGGGAGAUCCUGGGUUACCUGGAAAGCCAGGCCUCCCAGGAGCCAAGGGAGAGCCAGCACUAGCCAUGCCUGGAGGACCAGGAACACCAGGUUUUCCAGGAGAAAGAGGCAAUUCUGGGGAACAUGGAGAAAUUGGACUCCCUGGACUUCCAGGUCUCCCUGGAACUCCAGGAAAUGAAGGGCUUGAUGGACCACGAGGAGAUCCAGGGCAGCCUGGGCCACCUGGAGAACAAGGACCCCAAGGAAGGUGCAUAGAAGGUCCAAGGGGUGCCCAAGGACUUCCAGGAUUAAAUGGAUUGAAAGGGCAACAAGGCAGAAGAGGUAAAACAGGGACAAAGGGAGACCCAGGAAUUCCAGGCUUGGAUAGAUCAGGAUUUCCUGGAGAAACUGGAUCACCAGGAAGGCCAGGCCAUCAGGGCAAGACGGGACCGCCAGGUCAAAAAGGAUAUCCAGGAAAUCCAGGAAUUUUAGGGCCACCAGGUGAAGAUGGAAUGGUUGGGAUGAUGGGCUUUCCUGGAGCCAUUGGCUCUCCAGGGCCCCCUGGGAACCCAGGCAUGCCAGGGCAGAAGGGAAGCCUUGGAAUUCCAGGAGUGAAGGGCCAGAGAGGAACCCCAGGAGCCAAGGGGGAACAGGGAGAUAAAGGAAAUCCUGGGCCUUCUCAGAUAUCCCACUUAAUAGGGGACAAAGGAGAACCAGGUCUCAAAGGAUUCGCAGGAAAUAUGGGUGAGAAAGGAAACAGAGGUGUUCCAGGGCUUCCAGGUUUAAAAGGCCUCCAAGGACUACCUGGACCACCAGGAUCACCAGGCCCCAGAGGAGAUUUGGGCAGCAUUGGGAAUCCUGGAGAACCAGGACCACGUGGUGUGCCAGGGAGCAUGGGGAACAUGGGUAUGCCAGGUUCUAAAGGAAAAAGAGGAACUUUGGGAUUCCCAGGUCGAGCUGGAAGACCAGGCCUCCCAGGUAUUCACGGUCUCCAGGGAGAUAAGGGAGAGCCAGGUUAUUCAGAAGGUACAAGACCAGGACCACCAGGACCAACGGGGGAUCCAGGACUGCCGGGUGAUAUGGGAAAGAAAGGAGAAAUGGGGCAACCUGGCCCACCUGGACAUUCGGGGCCUGCUGGACCUGAGGGAGUCAUUGGAAGUCCUGGAAGUCCUGGCCUUCCAGGAAGGCCAGGUCCUCAUGGUGAUUUGGGUUUUAAAGGAAUCAAAGGCUUCCCGGGCCCUCCAGGAAUCAAAGGCCCUCCAGGUCUUCCGGGAUUCCCAGGAUCUCCUGGACCAAUGGGUAUAAGAGGUGACCAAGGACGUGAUGGAAUUCCUGGUCCAGCCGGAGAAAAGGGAGAAACAGGUUUGCUGGGGGCCCCUCCAGGCCCAAGAGGGGAUCCUGGUGCUCAAGGAGCCAAAGGAGACAGAGGAGCCCCAGGUUUGCCUGGCCUCCCUGGCAGAAAAGGGGCCAUGGGAGAUGCUGGGCCUCGAGGGCCCACAGGCAUCGAAGGAUUUCCAGGGCCACCAGGUCUGCCGGGUGCAAUCAUCCCUGGCCAGAAAGGAAACCGCGGUCUGCCAGGCUCAAGAGGAAGCCCAGGCAAGCCCGGUCCCCCUGGACCUCCAGGGAGUCACGUAAAAGGCAUAAAAGGAGACAAAGGGUCUAUGGGCCACCCUGGCCCAAAAGGUCCACCUGGAACUGUAGGAGACAUGGGACCACCAGGUCAUCCGGGAGCACCAGGCACUCCAGGUCUUCCAGGCCUCAGAGGUGAUCCUGGAUUCCAGGGGUUUCCGGGUGUGAAAGGAGAAAAGGGUAAUCCUGGAUUUCUAGGAUCCACUGGACCUCCAGGACCAAUGGGGCCAAAAGGACCACCUGGUAUACGUGGAGACCCUGGCACCCUUCAGAUUAUCUCCCUUCCAGGAAGCCCAGGGCCACCUGGCACACCUGGAGAACCAGGGAUGCGGGGAGAACCCGGGCCACCAGGGCCACCUGGAAACCUAGGACCCUGUGGGCCAAGAGGUAAACCAGGCAAAGAUGGAAAACCAGGAACUCCUGGACCAGUUGGAGAAAAAGGCAACAAAGGUUCUAAAGGACAGCAAGGACCACCUGGAUCAGACGGAUUCCCCGGUUUGAAGGGAAAGCCUGGAGACAUUGGAUCACCCGCAAUCUGGACGAAGAGAGGUUUUGUCUUCACCCGACACAGUCAAACCACAGCAAUUCCUUCAUGUCCAGAAGGGACAGUGCCACUCUACAGUGGGUUUUCUUUUCUUUAUGUACAAGGAAAUCAACGAGCCCACGGACAAGACCUUGGAACUCUUGGCAGCUGCCUGCAGCGAUUUACCACAAUGCCAUUCUUAUUCUGCAAUAUCAAUGAUGUAUGUAAUUUCGCCUCUCGAAAUGAUUAUUCAUACUGGCUGUCAACACCAGCUCUGAUGCCAAUGAACAUGGCUCCCAUUACUGGCAGUGCUCUUGAGCCUUAUAUAAGCAGAUGCACUGUCUGUGAAGGUCCUGCGAUCGCCAUAGCCGUUCACAGUCAAACCACUGACAUUCCUCCAUGUCCUCAUGGCUGGAUUUCUCUCUGGAAAGGAUUUUCUUUCAUCAUGUUCACAAGUGCAGGUUCUGAGGGCGCUGGGCAAGCACUGGCCUCCCCUGGCUCCUGCCUGGAAGAAUUCCGAGCCAGCCCAUUUCUCGAAUGUCAUGGAAGAGGAACGUGCAACUACUAUUCAAAUUCCUACAGUUUCUGGCUGGCUUCAUUAAACCCUGAAAGAAUGUUCAGAAAGCCUAUUCCAUCAACUGUGAAAGCUGGAGAAUUAGAAAAAAUAAUAAGUCGCUGUCAGGUGUGCAUGAAGAAAAGACAAUGAAGCUAAAAAAAGACAGCAGAACUGCUAUUUUUCAUCCUAAAGAAGGAAGUAAUGACAGAGCAUGCUUUCAGUUAGUAUUUUUCUUUACCCAAACAAUAUUGCUCCAUGGUGAUUUAGUAAGAAGUUUCAGUUUGUUUCCUCACAGAACAAAGCAGUUCUUCCAAGUCAGUUCUGUGAUCUGGGUCUCUAAAUCUGUGCUGUGUCAGAGUUCCCUGUGGCAAGGCAGCAACUAUUCACAAAAUAUCACCAAAAACCGAUUCCACUUGUAUCCAAGGCACUGUCACUAUGGUGACUGUAUGAAGUCUGAAUGCUACAAGUUGUGAAGUAUUUGGUCCGCUGGGUUCCUACAUUUCUCCUCUUCUCUUCCUGUCUUUAAAACUCAGGGAGGCUAAAUCAGCGUUUGACUGCCCUGCCACCCCUUCCUGAAACUUCAGACCCUGGGUAGGGGGAGAGAAGGAGGGAUGUGGUAUCCAGGAGCAUCAUGUAUAGAACUGGACUUUCAGACCUGCUGAGGACUGUAAGGCCUGAUGGAACACAGAGGUGAACUGAGGUUCAUGGAUUUUUCCAGGACUGUUUCAAACAUACCCACAGCGAAGGGCAAGAGGAGGGUUCCCUGAUGGGAUCAUAAAAGCCUUGGAAAUACUGUAUGGUUUAUUUUGUUAGUUUUUCAAGAUUUUUUGUUGUUCAUUUAUUGACUUCAUUUCACUGCAGCACUAAAGUCUGCUUAUAUUCAAAGCAUAUAGCAUUUUCCCCCUUAGUGAAUUAGCUUUCAAAGGAUAUUAGUACGUACAUACUAUGAAAUAUGUGUAACUUUAAAUUCUCUUUUACCAGCUAUGAAAUGUGCACUUUAUGCCCAUCCCAUAAAUGUUGGUACAUACCUUACACAAUGGAGCAGUUCAAUAAUCCACUGAAAGAACUUAAGGCAUUUGUUGGUUUAUCAGACUCAGAAUCUAUUUUUUCAUUGCUCUGAAUAUGUCAUCAUUCUAGGUUUUACAGAUUCAUUCCUUUGUUACUUCUCUAAUUCUUCCUUUGU